AUUACACCCCUGUUGUGCACACAGCCACUGAAUGUGCAUGAGACAGAAUGGACAAAACAAGUUUAUUGGCGGAGGAUGUUUCUUUUUUGCACGAGUUAUUUAUUAUUGCCAUUCGCUGUCUUGUUGGCUUGAAAUUUAGCUUUCUGGUUUAGUUACCCUGAAAAAGAUUCACUGAACGCAGGUUGUGAUUUCCAGUAUUGUUGCCCAUCAUGGCAGGAGGCAUCACAGAGACCGGGGAGCUCUACUCCCCUUAUGUGGGCUUGGUGUACAUGUUUAAUCUGAUCGUGGGCACGGGGGCACUGACGAUGCCCAAGGCCUUUGCCCAAGCAGGUUGGGCGGUCAGCCUGGCGCUCAUCUCCUUCCUGGCGUUUAUGAGUUACAUGACCACUACGUUUGUGAUCGAGGCCAUGGCAGCGGCCAACGCUCAGCUGUGCUGGAAGAGGAGGGAGCAGGAAGAGGUCCAAGACAGCGACUCCACCUCUGAUUAUUCAGAUGAUGAUAUCCGGGGACGAUCAGAGCCAGAGAUGAGGCCCAUUUUGUCAGGCCAGCGAACAGGAGGAGGACACGUUGAUCACUUUGACAUUGUGGAGAGGGUAGAGAUGGGUCAAAUGGCCUCCAUGUUCUUCAACAAAGUUGGUGUCAACAUGUUCUAUAUCUGCAUGGUAGUCUACCUGUAUGGAGACCUGGCCAUCUAUGCUGCUGCUGUGCCCAUAUCACUAAUGGAAGUAGCCUGUGGAAACCACUCAUGCAGUGCUGGCAGUGUGAAAUACGACGACACCGACUUGUGCUGGGGGCCUGUCACCAGGAAAGACGCCUACAAGGUGUUUCUGAGCAUCUUCACUGUGAUGUUGGGCCCUUUCGUCUUCUUCGAUGCUCAGAAGACUAAAUACCUCCAAAUCCUCACCUCACUCAUGCGCUGGAUCGCAUUCACCAUGAUGAUUAUCCUGGCUCUGAUCCGUAUUGGUAAAGGCCGGGGCGAAGGCCACCCCCGUAUGGCCCAGAUCUCUGGGGUUCCAAACCUGUUUGGAGUGUGUGUCUACUCCUUCAUGUGCCAGCACUCUCUGCCCUCCCUGGUGACACCCAUCUCUGAUAAGAGGCGUGUGGGUACCCUGGUGGUGUGUGACUAUGUCCUCAUCCUUGGCUUCUACGGCCUGCUCUCCUUCACAGCCAUCUUCUGCUUCGACAGCUCGCUGCUACACGACAUGUACACCCUCAACUUCACUGACAACUGUGACGUGCUGGACAUCCCCGCUUUGCGCUACUUCCUGGGCCUCUUCCCCGUCUUCACCAUCAGCACCAACUUCCCCAUCAUCGCAGUCACGCUGCGCAACAACUGGAAGACCCUCUUCCACCGUGACGGGGGCACCUACCCCUGGGUGGUUGACCGCAUCGUCUUCCCCCUCAUCACUCUGGUGCCGCCCAUCAUCGUGGCCUUCUGCACCCACAACCUGGAGUCCCUGGUGGGCAUCACGGGUGCCUACGCUGGCACGGGCAUCCAGUACGUCAUCCCCGCCCUACUGGUGUACUACGGCCGGCGCCACCUGGUGCCUAUGCUGGGCACGGACGAGGUCAACAAGCACCGGUCCCCGUUCCGCCACACCUUCUGGGUGUGGUUCGUAGUGGUGUGGGCUACCUUCUGCCUCAUGUUUGUCACAGCCAACAUCAUCCUGGAGGACACCAAGAAAUGAGGACACUGACUGACUGUGAAAGACCGAUUUCUCUGUGUGGGUGUCUUGUAUUUCUACAUUCUCUCUACCUGAGGCCUUCCAGAACUUGGUACAGGUUGGACGGUGUGCCUUUUUUAUGCUGCUCUUGUAGCAUGGGAACCCUUUUAAUUACAGCGGUAAUCAGCAGCUGAAACCAUUAUAAAGUGUCCUCCCCACCCCUGUGUCAGUACAAAGGAUGGGACUGGAGAAAUGUAACCAUUAUAAAGUGUCCUCCCCACCCCUGUGUUAGUACAAAGGAUGGGACUGGAGAAAUGUAACCAUUAUAAAGUGUCCUCCCCACCCCUGUGUCAGUAAAAAGGAUGGGACUGGAGAAAUGUAACCAUUAUAAAGUGUCCUCCCCACCCCUGUGUUAGUACAAAGGAUGGGACUGGAGAAAUGUAACCAUUAUAAAGUGUCCUCCCCACCCCUGUGUCAGUAAAAAGGAUGGGACUGGAGAAAUGUAACCAUUAUAAAGUGUCCUCCCCACCCCUGUGUGUCCAAACCUGUUUGGAGUGUGUGUCUACUCCUUCAUGUGCCAGCACUCUCUGCCCUCUCUGGUGACACCCAUCUCUGAUAAGAGGCAUGUAGGUACCCAUCCAAAGGAUGGGACUGGAGAAAUGUAACCAUUAUCAAAUUCAUAGACCGAGCUAUGCAUGUAAGGACUAGCCAUCCAUGAUAUCAAAAUUAUAGUUUUAACAAUGUUUUAAAGCUAUAUAGUGUUUAUUUACAUUUACUUUGUUUACAAACAGUUCCUGUUUCGGUAAAAAGCUUGAGGUUGGGGCUGGAGAUGAAAACCAUUAUCAAAUUCAUAGAUCAAGCUAUGCAUACAAGGACCAGCCUUCCAUGAUUUCACAAUUAUAAUUUUAAACAUGUUUUUAGGCUAUAUAGUGUUUAUUUACAUGUACUAUGUUUACAACAUUGGAGUACAACAAGCUUAUAUUAUAGGUACUGAUCAGUUUUGAGAGUUGAACUAAGUGGAUGAGGCAUUUAUUUAAGUUAUAUUCUUCAAGAAUCAAUGAGCACAUACAUUUAUUAAUUAUAUCAACUGCAGAUCACCCCUUUUAAGAGUAAUCUAUACCAUUUGUGGAAAGGGACCAAAUAUCUUGUGAUUGUAUGAAAGCUGCUACCGUAUGUAGGAACACAAGGAAGAGGACCUUGUUCACUCUGUUCCAGUGUCCCUCUAGAAAAAUACAAGCUGAACAAUCGGACUGUAUUAGCAAGGCAUUACACUACAACAGCACUGUUUUUAAGCAUAUACAAAGAGCUGGUCAACUUGUUUCCAAAUGCCUAAUUUUAAAUCCAAAAUAACUGAAGGAAGGAUAGAGCAGGGAGGUGUCAGUGUUCCUCUGGACCUUCAGAAACUGUGUUGCGGCGAAAGACAUAUGCUGAAACUAUGGAGAGAGGAUGGAGAGUGGAGGAAAAAUAGAACCUGACAACGCACUCAACGCUCCUGUUCCUAAUGGCAAUGCAGAGAGACUUUAAUGUGGCUUUAAAAUGAACUUGGGAUGGUGAAAAAAGCAAGCUAAAUGAAUCUGUUAUAAUCAGUUUAUUAUGGCUGGUAUUUCUACAUUCCUCACUGGUGGCUCUGCCUCAGUUCUCCUUGUCUUCCCUGUGAACAAUGAACCUUUGUCCAUGACAGAUCCCUGACUGAUGGGCCUGAUGACAGAGCUCUGUCUCUGGUCAUCAGGAGACCGAUCUUGAGUUCAAACUUGAGUUCAAACUGUACACAAACCACCCUCAUGUUUUACUGUUCACCACCAAAUCAUCAGCCCUUCAUCAACUCCAUGUCAGCACCCGACUGCUCUCUGUUGAACUUUGACCCCAGAAAGUUAUCAAUGGACACAGGAAGGUUUAUGUUGGCUACAUCACCAGGAGCCAGCUGGUACAGUGCCUACUGUGCCACACAAAGACACCUCUACAGUAGUCCCAGUAUAUCUCUUUUUGCAAUCACUGUUGGUUAAGGUCUUGUAAGUAAGCAUUACACAGUAAAGUCUACACUUGUUGUAUUCGCCGCAUAUGGCAAAUAACGUUUGAUUUGAUUUUAACCAUCUGUCUCGUGCUCGCUCGUAACGAGAACUUCUCAGCUGGCUGAUUUGUCAUCAGCUCUUUACUUGAGGUUUUAUUAGAGUUUCCUGGUAGCUCAGUUUGAUUGACUAAUUAGAUUUUACUUCCAGACAUGUGGGAACAUCCUCUUCGCCCUGAGCUCUGCUCAUGCUAAUGUCCACGUUAUACGCUUCUGUCUCCUCAUUGUCAUGUCCUCUGGUUCUAUAUAUCUAUAUAUAUAUAUAUCUCUGCUCUAUAGAAUAUAUAUUAUGUCCCAUUAUAGUCAUCAAGUUUGGAGCCCAACUACAGGAAUCAUAUCUUUGUGAAACAGUAUUGUUGGGUAAUGUAAAUCAUGUUUUGUGGUGUAGGGUUCCAUAUUACAUGGUCACAUUUAGAAUAGUGGUUCUCUUUUACUAUGUAAGUGCUAAAGUAAUAGCUAAAGUGUAUCGUUAGCUGGCUGUCAUGAGCACACUGCUCGUCAAAAAGGGAAAUACUUAUUGCCAUUCAUGGUUUGCACCUGCAACAUUGCACAAGUUUGCACAUAAUUGCCUUGGGUUUGACCUUUUGUGUGUUUUACGUAGACUUUUGCAAAUGGUUUGAAGAUGUUGUAAGGGUUGAUAACUAUGGUAUUUAUCUAACAGUCUUCAAUGGUAAUUCUUAACCCAUCAAUAUAUACAGCUUGACACUAUUUAAAAUGCAUUAGACUAAUAGUCAUGCAUUGUAGCAUAUUGAUGGCAGUACAGUAUUGUUGAGGACUAUUGAAUGAGAGACCUCUGCAUGUUGUUGGUAUUGUGUGUGUUAGGACAUAAAAAGAGUGCUGACUAUUUCUGUAACACUGCUUCUCUCAAUCUUGGGUUCCUUCUCUUCAAUCUUGUGUUCCUUCUGGUAAUUAUUGUCAACAUUACAUUUCUGCAUGCAGCUCCUUCCAAAAUUCAGUAGUCAGUUGUUCCUUUAAGCCUCCAGAUUGUGAUGGAUAGUUACUCCUCUUCUUAUUUUUCCUCGUCUUCUUUUCAAUACAAAUGUGCAAUAUGCUUUGAACUGGGUUGGGGAAGUAAGAUUUCAAGCGAAUAUUGACUGUUUCUGAGAGUGUUUGUCUGUGUGUGUAUUCUUCUGUGUCAGUGUAUGUGUCACUUUGAAAAGAUUUUAAAUGAGUGUGUCUGACUCUUCUUUGGAGUUGUGAAAUGUGCCUUUUUCCUGGGGUUAUUGUUUCCAUUCAUUUGUUGACUGCUGUUUUUCCACGUUUUUGCACGUUUUUGUUUUAAGCAGCCUGUCAGAUAAGAUCUGCAUGUAAGCCAGUUAAACGAACUGACAACCAAUGUCUCCUCAAAAUAAACUGGGAUAUCCUUGUCUUCUAAA